CCCCAAUUUCCCCCAGUCCCGCCGUCUCAUUUGCGUAGGGACACUCUGAAGGCUUCUCUGCGCUCUUUUCCGCCGGUGACUUCACCGACGUCUCUCUCCUGCCGACGAAUGCCCGGACGCUUUCUGCAGGUGUGAAGGCAAGUGUAGUAACAAACAAAGCUAAUAAUUCUGCACCAUGUCAACUGGACCUGGUCUUGAGUCUCUUGUAGAUCAAACAAUUUCAGUCAUCACGAAUGAUGGAAGAAAUAUAGUGGGAAUCCUCAAGGGUUUUGAUCAGGCAACAAAUAUUAUUCUUGAUGAAUCGCAUGAACGAGUUUAUUCAACCAAGGAAGGUGUCCAGCAACUUGUUCUAGGUUUGUACAUUAUUAGGGGUGACAACAUUAGUGUUGUAGGUGAACUUGAUGAAGAUCUGGAUGCGAGGUUGGAUCUGUCAAAGCUUAGAGCUCAUCCAUUAAAGCCUGUUAUUCACUGAUUUCACGAUGCAUUAUCUGUUUGGAGACGCAUGCCAACGAAGCGGAUGGGAUGGGCUGUUGAGUUUUGUUGAUGCUACUUCAUAAUCCAGUAGAAAGAUGUAUUUCUUUUGAUAGAGUGUUGUUCAGCUAUGUUUGAAAUUCUUCGAUUGCACUCUUUUAGAUCUAAUCGGGACAUUUAAAGUUCAAACAUGACUUCUUUUUUCCUGAGCGAGCUAUAUAACCAUGUCGAAGAAUAUGCUUUGAUAAAAUGAUGAGCUAAAAUAUUCUGGUUCUGUUUC